AUUUCUUCUCUACCAACUUAAUUAGUUUUGAUCAUUUUUAGUGCAGAAAUGGAUUGUGUAAAACUUGUAUUCUUUAUGCUAUAUACCUUUCUCGGUCAACUUGUUUUCUCCUUAUCCUUACCUCAUUUGUGCCCCGAAGAUCAAGCUCUUGCUCUUCUACAAUUCAAGAACAUGUUUCCCAUAAAUCCUAAUGCUUCUGAUUAUUGUUUUGAAUUUACAGAGUUUCAUUCAUAUCCGAAAACUCUUACAUGGAAUAGGAGCACAGAUUGUUGCUCAUGGGAUGGAGUACAUUGUGACAAGAUGACGGGACAGGUGAUUGAGCUCAACCUCACUUGCAGUGGACUUCAAGGCAAGUUUCAUUCCAAUUGUAGCCUCUUUCAACUUUCCAAUCUCAAAAGCCUUGAUUUGUCUUAUAAUAAUUUCUCUGGAUCGCUCAUUUCAUCUAAAUUUGGCGAAUUCUCUAGUUUGACACAUCUUGAUCUAUCAGUUUCAAGUUUUUCAGGUCAAAUCCCUUCUGAAAUAUCUUAUCUAACCAAUUUAAACGUUCUUCGUAUCACGACUGUUGAUCCAUAUGGGCUUAGAGCUGGGCUUCACAAUUUUGAAUUGCUCCUUAAGAACUUGACCCAAUUAAGAGAGCGCAAACUUGACUCUGUGAAUAUCUCUUCCACCAUUCCUCUGAAUUUCUCUUCUUGUUUAACAGUUCUAUCGCUUCCAUACACACAGUUACGUGGGGUAUUGCCCGAAAGAGUAUUCCACCUUUCCAACUUAGAAUUCCUUCAUUUAUCAUCCAAUCCCCAGCUCACUGUUAGGUUUCCCACAACUACAUGGAAAAGCAGUGCAUCACUCAUGAAGUUAUAUCUCUAUGAUGUGAAUUUUACUGGUAGGAUACCUGAAUCAUUUAGCCAUCUAACUUCACUUCAUGAGUUGGACAUGGGCUAUACUAAUCUGUCAGGGCCCAUUCCUAAACCUCUAUGGAAUCUAACCCACAUAGAGAUUUUGUACCUUGAUACUAACCAUCUUGAAGGAACAAUUUCCCAGUUCUCGAUAUUUGAAAAACUCAAGACGUUAUCACUUGGAAAUAACAACUUUGAUGGCCGACUUGAGUUCAUAUCCUUUAACAGAAGCUGGAUGCAACUUGAAUUGCUAGAGCUUUCAUCCAAUUCCCUAACUGGUCCAAUUCCAUCCAACGUAAGCGGACUGCGAAAUCUACAAUCACUCUACUUGUCAUCAAACUACUUGAAUGGGACUAUACCUUCCUGGAUAUUCUCCCUUCCUUCACUGGAAGCGUUAGACUUGAGCAAUAACACUUUCAGUGGAAAAAUUCAGGAGUUCAAGUCCAAAACAUUAUAUAUCGUUACUCUAAAAGAAAAUAAGCUGGAAGGUCCUUUACCAAAUUCACUCCUAAACCAGCCAAGCCUAGAAUUUCUUCUCCUUUCGCACAAUAAUAUUAGUGGACAGAUUGCUUCAACUAUCUGCAAUCUGAAAACACUAAUAGCUCUAGAUAUGGGAAGUACUAAUUUGGAGGGAACAAUCCCACAAUGUUUGGUUGAGAUGAAUAAAUACCUUUGGAAUUUGGAUUUGAGCAACAACAGUCUUAGUGGGACAAUCAAUAUAAAUUUUAGUAUUGGAAACUCUUUCAGGGUCAUUAGCUUGCACGGGAAUAAGCUAACGGGGAAAGUCCCACGAUCUUUGAUCAAUUGCAAGUAUUUGACACUUCUUGAUCUCGGUAACAAUCAGUUGAAUGACACAUUUCCAAACUGGUUGGGAAACCUACCUGAUUUGCAGAUUUUAAGCUUGAGAUCAAAUAAGUUUCACGGUCCCAUUAAAUCUUCAGGGAAUACAAACUUGUUUGCGCGGCUUCAAAUUCUGGAUCUAUCAUCCAAUGGAUUUAGUGGGUAUUUACCAGAAACUCUUUUUGGGAAUUUUCAAGCCAUGAAGAAAAUUGAUGAGAGUACAAGAACCCCACAGUAUGUUUCUGAUGUAUAUGCUGGUUAUUAUGAUUAUUUGACGACAAUUACAACAAAGGGACAGGAUUAUGAUUCUGUUCCAAUUUUGGUUUCUAACAUGAUUAUCAAUCUCUCAAAGAAUAGAUUUGAAGGUCAUAUUCCAAACAUUAUUGGAGAUAUUGUUGGACUUCGUACGUUGAACUUAUCUCAUAAUGUCUUGGAAGGUCAUAUACCAGCAUCAUUGCAAAAUUUAUCUGUACUCGAAUCAUUGGAUCUCUCAUCUAACAAAAUCAGUGGAGAAAUUCCGCAGCAGCUUGCAUCCCUUACAUUUCUUGCAGUCUUAAAUCUCUCUCACAAUCAUCUUGUUGGAUGCAUCCCCAAAGGAAAACAAUUUGAUACGUUUGAGAACAGUUCAUACCAAGGGAAUGAUGGAUUACGAGGAUUGCCACCCUCAAGAGAUUGUGGCCGUGAUGAUAGGGUACCACAAGAGACAAUUCCAGUUGAGCUAGAUCAAGAAGAAGAAGAAGAAGAAGAUUCACCGAUGAUCAGUUGGCAGGGGGUUCUCAUGGGUUAUGGUUGUGGACUAGUUAUUGGAUUGUCUAUAAUAUACAUAAUGUGGUCAACUCAAUAUCCAGCGUGGUUUUCGAGGAUGAAUUUAAAAUUGGAACACAUAAUUACUACGAGAAUGAAAAAGCACAAGAAAAGAUAUUAGUGAGUAGCGACCUCCAG